CGCCAUGCCAAGUCACGAUUCAGUCCUUGUCAAUGUCAAUAUAUCUGCCCACUGCGCGUGUCUGCUGUCUUGUCUCAGAAUCCACUGUCGCUCGAUGCGGGAACGCACUGAUCGCUGCGCCGCAUGUCGUAUGCUGCGACCAUUGUCAAUCUUACCAUGGCCGUCGUUCCACGAGUCAGAGUUGCGACUCCGCAGCGCCCAUGAGCGCCUAUAAAGCUCUGGUUCAAGGCCAUACUCCAUCUCAUUGAAAUCUCUCCCACUCGCAACCACCUUACACAUGGACGACGAAAUUGCAGCGCUGGUCAUCGACAACGGUUCGGGGAUGUGCAAAGCUGGUUUCGCCGGCGACGACGCACCUCGAGCUGUAUUCCCCUCUCUCGUCGGCCGCCCUCGUCAGGCCGGCGUCAUGGUGGGCUUCGGUAACAAAGAUUCGUACAUUGGCGAUGAAGCGCAAGCUAAACGUGGUAUUCUGUCGCUCCGCUACCCGAUCGACCAUGGCGUGGUAACGGACUGGGACGACAUGGAGAAGAUCUGGCAUCACACCUUUUUUAACGAGCUGCGCGUUGCGCCAGAAGAACACCCCGUCCUGCUCACCGAAGCCCCGCUGAAUCCCAAGUCUAACCGGGAGAAGAUGACGUCGAUCAUGUUCGAAACGUUCAACGCGCCUGCGUUCUACGUUCAGAUCCAGGCCGUUCUCUCGCUCUACGCCUCGGGCCGCACGACCGGGAUUGUGCUUGACUCGGGCGACGGCGUGUCCCACACAGUGCCGAUCUAUGAAGGAUUCUCCCUUCCGCACGCCAUCAAGCGCCUCGACCUGGCGGGACGCGACAUCACGAGCCGCCUCGUGUCGAAUCUCGGGGAGCGGGGCUAUCAAUUCAAGACGACCGCCGAGCACGAGGUCGUGCGCGAUAUCAAGGAGCGGCUGUGCUACGUUGCUUUGGACUUCGACCAGGAGAUGACCACUGCAAGCCAGUCGUCCGUGCUAGAGAAGAGCUACGAGCUUCCGGAUGGGAACGUCAUCACGAUUGGGAACGAGCGCUUCCGUGCGCCAGAGGCACUCUUCGACCCGUCGAUGAUAGGAUUGGAGGAUCCAGGGAUUCAUUUUACCACAUACAACUCGAUCGUCAAAUGCGAUCUCGACAUUCGCCGCGAGCUUUACAACAAUAUAGUGCUCUCCGGCGGAACCACUCUGUUCCCGGGCCUGUCUGACCGCAUGCAAAAAGAACUCACUGCUCUCGCCCCGGCCAGCGUGCGGGUCCGGGUGGUAGCCCCGCCGGAACGAAAGUACUCUGUCUGGAUCGGAGGCUCGAUCUUGGCGUCUUUGAGCACGUUCCAGAACCUGUGGGUCACCAAGCAGGAGUACGACGAAUCAGGACCUGGGGUUGUGCAUCGCAAAUGUUUCUGAGUCCAUAGAAUCCGUUCUUGUUGAGAUCGUCCCUGUAUUAUAACAAACUGUAGUUGUGACGCGCACGGAAUCAAUUAUAACGUGUUUCCCCGGAACUGAAAGCGAAACGUAUCGGCAAAGUCGCAUGAGCCACGCAGACCAGUUUGCGAAUUAUUCACACCUCAGUGAAAAAAUCAAGCAAGAGGAAGAGAUUCGUGCAAGGCCACUGGUGACUGAAUGCCUCUGGCUUUUCUCCGCAUCGGAAGCGUCCGAAGCUUGAAUCAUCGGCUGGCCUCAAUUCGACUGCUGCCCAACACCUCGGGGCUAUUAAUGCUGCGUAUUCGUUCUGCGGCGGCUUAGAUU